CCACACACGAAUGCCAGUUCCCUUUGUGAAGCAUACCUGGUUUUGCUUCUAUCCCGUAUACGUCCGAAGAUAUCCACGACGCCUCCAUACAGGGAGAAGCAUAGCAAGUUUCAAAGCGCGUUGAUGGGAAUGAAACAAGCCUCACUUGGAAAGCCAAGCUUAAUCUGACCUCUUGAUAACUGACAUAAUUGGAAAUGUCUGCAGAUGGAGACCAAGAUUCCGUGGACUGGGAGAAUCUUUCCGAUCGGGAGUACCAACGUGCACUGUUUCGUGAAUACGAGCUCAAACAGAAGUCAAAUUUCAACGAGGCCGUGGAAGUGCACGAUGAGAGCACAAACGAUGCAAAUGAUGCGUUGCCAGUACCGAGUGAGAAAGCGGGGGACAAUGAGAGCAACGGUACUCGAUGUUCGGACAAAGCAUCAUCAGUCAAUGUGCAACCUUGGCAAUACCCUCCAGCUCCAUUGCAAACACUGGGACUUUCUCGGAGGAAUGGUUGGUCAGACUUCGUUGACUACGAUGUGAUCACUGUACAUGGUGUUCGAGAUGAUCAUCAAACUGUAUGGACAAACAAGCAGGAUGGCUCGAGUUGGAUUGAACGCGUAUUGUUCCGAGACCUUUCGAUUAGACAGUUGGACUAUGUCUACGGUACAGGCAACUCUGCUCGCAUCUAUGACCCAAGCGCAGACGGCAUUUCUACUGAGGCGAAUGAUUUGCUGAAAAGCCUGGCACAAGACAGAGCUCAGCUCGGAUUUACCGAAGCCCACCGUCCUAUCAUAUGGAUAUGCCACGACUUGGGAGGCAGCAUUGUGAAAAAGGCUCUCAUCAACGCAAUACACAACGAACCAGAACCUGGAUCACAAGAUGGUCCCGUACAUUCUCUGCAUAUUCGAACUAUAUACAGGAGGCUACCAUUGCUCACAUCAUCAAUCAUUUUCCUGGCGUGCCCACAAGGCAACAAGUCCGAAGAGUUGAAAGAUCAACUGUUCACCUUGCUGAAUUUGCCAGGCGUUCCAAUUAGAACGCAGAUACAAAAUAAGGUUGCCAAUCUAUCUCGACAAAUCGAAGCCAUUGACCUUGAGUUUUUGGAGACAAAAGUUUUGGAUCACGCUGUGAUCGUGAACAUCGGCACAGCGGACGCAGAAGAUAUAACUGCGGUGCCUGAAACGUCAACUCAUAUUUUCUCACCACUAGUGAGCGAACUGCAGAACAAUCUCGCGUAUCGAAGCAGCAUAGUGCUGACAGGGACAGACCACCUGUCGCUUGUGAUGGGUUCUUCUACUUUGUUAUGGUCCGGCUGGAUCUUUAAUUUGUCCCAGCUAUUUAACCAAACGCCUGGAUUCAACAUCAAGAGACGCCACGCUCAUUUUGCAUAUCAGAGUUCACUGUUGUACCUCUCGCCCCCGACGCGAGUCUACAAAUACGAAUACGAAGAUCCAAGCCAUGGCCCCGCCCUGUCGUGGAUACUUGAGCAAGAUCCUAUCGUCAGACAGCUCGCCCGGCAGCAUGAUUCGAGAAUUGUGUAUCUUCAUGCUGGACGGAUCGCUGGUCAGGCCAUCAAUAUGAAACUGAUGUCUCAGCAGCUAUACACUGCGUAUGAUAUUCAGAAAGACCCCAAUUCUGUGUAUCGACCAGAAAUUGGCUGUUUCUAUUUCGAGUUCGAUAAGCAUGAUAUCAGGCGGGCUAGCAUCAAAGAUAUGAUCGUGUCCUUCUUGAUCAUCUUUGCGGGACGUUUCUGGUCCAAGUCGGCUGAUAGCUACCUGGUGUCAUCAGCUGCUUACAUGCGGCGUUUCAGAUCAUGGUCAACGAGGCAUCUGAUCAACGUGUUCCUGGAUGUGCAGAAAGCCCCCGCCAUGCAAGCGAUUACAGUAAUACUUGGUGGACUUGACAAUUGUGAAGAGAAGGAGCGAUUCGCUUUUACUCAGGCCGUGCUGGAUCGCCAAGACCGCAGCGAGAUACCAUUUAACCUCAUCAUAACGACGAGGGAACCAGACGACUUUCUGUGUGACCAUUUGCCACCAGCAAACAUCAUCAACCUGGAAGACUGUCCGCUCUCAGUGGAGGAUUACCUUACUUGUCCAGGUCCGCUCGUCACCGAGGACAGAAUCAAAUGUCUGCUGGCCAGACGGCCGGAACUCACCCAAUUUGGUCUGGAGCUGUACCAAAUUUUCAGCAAGUUAGGGGCAGUACCCACCCUACAAGAAACAAUGCUAGACGGGUUUUCAAACUACCAAUGUGAUUCCCUCGCCGAAAUCACCGACAAGAUCCGGAAGAGAGCAUGCAGUCCUCACCAGGAGCUCUGGAGCGGCAUCGUGAACCAGCUUCCGACCACGGAACAACGCAUUGCGAUGCACAUCUAUGGCUGGAUAAAAUAUGCCGCAGAACCUCUCACAUUGGAAAUUCUGGUCGAGUCCGUCAAGUACACGUUGCCGAGGGAGAUGGCACAACUAAAACAAAUGUGGAACUACGGGGAUUUCAGCAGCUUUUUGGAGAGAGUCAUGGGAGGAAUCAUCUUACGAGAUGGUCAUGACUUCAAAUUCUCAGAUGACGCCUUCUAUAACGUGUCAGCGAGCACUGAAGUCGACGCUGAGCGGGAUCAGGCACACCGUUCCCAUGCAAGCAUGGCCGCAACGUGUUUGCAUUACCUCUUGGGUACAGAAGGGCAGGGAAUGCUCACUUCUCUCUCAGUGGAGAAACAGGGCAUGGGGGAUCUGGGCUGGUCACUGGUAACACUUCCUCGGCAUAGCCUAGUCUCAUACGCGCUGCGAUUCUGGACAUUCCACUACCGAGCAGCCGGUGACUAUCGGCCAACUCAGCUGGCAUCGGAACUUCUUCAAAACGGGCUCAAAAAAGCCGCUUGGGCAGAAGCACUUUACGUUGCGUCAAAUCCAUUUACUAGGAUGGAAAGAGAAUACGUGUCCUCGCUUCCAUACAUGGCCAUGUUCGGGCUUGACGACCUUGUUCGCAGUCAUAUUGAGAACGAGGAAGCCCGCAAUAGUCGGAACUAUGACCAUUGGCUGGCAAUUGCAGAAGCGGCAUUGAAUGGGCACGGGUCGACAGUGGCUCUACUCCUCGAUCACACCGAUACCGACGCAGCUGGCCUAGGAGAAGCCUUAACUUGUGCAGCCCGAUACGGUGAAGGGGAGGCACUGGAUAUCCUGAUAUCCAGAGCGCAGCAGCUAGAAUGUUUCAGCUGGCCGCGAGGAAUCCUUGCCCACGCCGUGACCGCCGGACUUGAGAAUCUUGUGUCAGCUCUGGCGCAGGCUGGUCAUGAUCUGGAUGAAGCCGGUUACGACUACCCUUUGGAUGAAGAGCACAGCAAAAGGGACUGGCGCGCUGUUCACCUCGCAAUAGAGUUCGGCCAGGACAGGUUACUGAAGAUUUUACUGGAAACCGGUCGCGUGGACCUCGGACUCGAAGACAGUAGUGGGCAGUCGGCCCUGGUACUGGCGACCAAAUUGGGCACUGCCGCAUCGAUACGACAACUGCUAGAUGCGGGAGCCGAUCUCGCCACUCAGGAUCCCAGAGAUAUUCAGGCAUUGCUCUACAAUACCAUUUCAUAUGGGAACUACAAGGCCCUGGAGAUGCUCAUUGCGGCCAAAGUCUAUUCAUCUCAUCUCCUUACGCACAGUAUUCACGACUCCUCCACUGGUAUCUCAUCUACCGCUCUAUCGCAGGCUGCCAAACUCGGUUUCAGCCAAUGCACUCGCAUCCUUCUGGACAAUGGCGUCGAUCCUAACGCUGUCACCGAAAGUGGAAGUGCUUUGUGGCAUGCAAUAGUUUCUGGGCCGCAUAUUGAGAUUUGCCGCAGUCUCCUGGACAAGGGAGCAAGCCCCGAAUAUCUCCCGGACAAGGAAACAAGCCCUGAAUACUUGGAUCUUGAACCAGAGGAUACGAUGUUGACACGAGCCAUCAAAAUUGGGAACAAGUUACUCGUUGAGGUGCUACUUGAUUAUGGGGCCCAGAUGAUUGUAGGGGACGGGGGGUUCCCGCGCAACGCCCUUGCUUGUGCCGUUCACAAUGAUCAGUACGAGAUCAUGGAAUUACUUCUGAAGCGAGACGCGAACCCGAACCCAGUGCCUGAAGGACAAGGUACAGUUUGGUUAUUGGAGACAUGUUCGCCACUGUUUGUUGCGGCUCAUGACCGCCGCGAUACCCGCUUCAUGAAGACACUCAUCGACCACGGCGCAAACGUCAAUUGGAGAUCAGCUCGCCGGGAAGGGUGGGCUGCUAUGUCUACGGAAGGGCUUUCCGUAUUGCACAUGGCCGUGAAGGAACAGUCGAAAGAGAGUGUCCAAUUGCUUUUGGAACAGACUGACUCGAAGGUAGACCUCGAAUUAGCUAGCACGGACUCGUUUCGGAAAACAGCACUUUGCGUUGCCUGCGAGGGAGACGAUGCAGCUAUUCGGGAACUUCUCCUUGACGCCGGUGCCGAUAUCAACCACACAAGGAGUGAUGGCAUGUCCCCGCUCAUGAUUCUCUUUGCUUCUCAUGAGGGACUUCGCGAGGAUGAUGUGGCGAUGAUGCUCAAGCGAGGUGCAAAACUUGAUCAGGUAACAGACAGACAGUGCACGAUUCUACACGGCAUCGACAGUGCCACGCAACUACCAGCAGUAAUGCGCCUGGUAGAAGAAGGUGCACCGGUCAACACAGUCAACGACUGCGGUGAGACGCCCCUCGCAAUUGCAUUGCGAAGAGGGAAUUGGAGAGUUGCCCGAUACCUGACAACAGUGAAGGGCGUGCGAAGUGACAUCUGUCAUCCCACGUGUGGAAGCAUCUUGCACAUCGCUGCCGAGACUACGACUCUGGAGAUGGUAAAACAGCUUGUCAGAACAGGCGCGGAACCCAGUGUCGUGGACCCCGGGUACAAGAAAUCCGCGUCCGUGCUCUACUCCGCGAUUGAAAAUAUAGACGAGACCGAACGUUGGAAGAUCGUUCGGUAUCUCGUAGAGGAACUUGGAGUUGAUGUCAAUGCCUUUGGGGGAAGCGUGGGUCGUCCUCUACACCUAGCGUUGGUCGACCGGAAGCAGAAGGGAAGUGCUCUGAUGAAAUACCUCCUCCGGCAUGGGGCCGAUCCGGACCAAUCCGACAGUUUCGGCCGCACAGCCUCUCACUGGGCGGUCAUGUGCUCGGACUUCGAUGCAUUGAAGAUUCUCGGCAAAUUUGGGGCCGACUUUUCAAAGCCCGACAUGUUCGGCCGCACACCAAUACACUUUGCGGCUGUUGAGGAGAACACCGAAAUCAUAGCUUACAUCGUCGAAAGGGUCCCCAAGGAUGUUGACAUCAUCAACAUUGUCGAUGUAGAUGGUUGGACACCACUGAUGUGGGCAUGCAAGACACACCGCAGCUAUUUCUAUCGCUUUGGCCUGGGUCUCAUCAACGAUUACAAAGCCGACGCGCGUAUCCGGAGCAAAGAUGGGCAGUGGUCGGCGCUCAAACUGCUCUCAUCAAACCUCAGAGAGCUCAGUUGUUACAGAGUCGAUCAUGCGUUAGAGUAUAUCGAUGAUAUGGCAAAGUGUUGUGAGACUCAGGGUGUUGAGCAAAGCCUCAUCGAGCGCGAUCGCGAGCCCGAAUCUCCUUUGGUUAACGAUGAUGAUAAUCAUGUUUAUCCUACAUGUCACUAUUGCCGGACGGAGUGUACACGUUGUGGCCCAACUUUGAUGUGCCGUCAAUGCAACCUCUAUUUGUGCUUCAAGUGUAGUCCCCACGCCGGAGAAAUGCAUGACCAGAGGCACACAAUGAUUGAUCCUUACGAACCCUUUUAUGCCGACGAAGGAUCUGAUCUGGAUGCUGAACCAUUUGUCCAUGAAAGUGAAUCCGGGGUAGAGACCGAGACUGAGGAAGAGGAGACCGAAAGCGAAACCGAAGAUGAGGAGGAAGAGGAAGAGGAUAGUGAGUAGAUCAAGCUUAUGUACUUCUAG